AUGGUUGGCGUGGUACUGUUUGUCUACCUCAUCGAUUCGGUCGCAUUCUAUCCUUUCCUUAUGUUCUUUGUGAUAGAAGUUAUGACACUUAUUGUUUCCAUUGUCCACGCCCGCCGACCACACUUAGGUGUCGUGCUCAUUUAUGUGUCAUUAGAGAUAGGAAAAGCUCUCGCUGCCAUGACAUUAGCUCUCGUCACUGUUCUUAACGACCAUGACAAGGACUGUGCUGUGAAGCGAGUGUACCCCACAUUCAUUUUUCUCAGUGGACCGAUUCACCGGCACUCACCACAAUUGCAUGACUACAAUUCUGAUGACGACACGAUGCCGUUGAACUUCUAA